AUGGAGGAACUAGAAGGUGGAUUUCCUCUAACUGUCUUGGAUGUAACUGGAUGUCAGGCCUGCUCCACCGGUGAGAUCUAUCCUGGAUUUUUUCUUUCCUUCCUCUUCCUGGUUCCAGUCACCUUCUCAUGUGGCACUGUCACAGAUGUGUGGCAACAUGUGAGACUGUGUGCGAUUUGCCAGCAGUACAAGCCGGACAACAAGAAACCUGCUGGGUUUUUACAGACAACUGAAGUGGAAGAAGCUGGAUAUAUGCUGGGACUGGAUUUUAUGGGGCCCUUUCCUCGAAGCAAGAAGGGAAACAGUUAUCUGCUAGUUGUGGUAGACUAUUACACCAAGUGGAUAGAGUUAUUCCCUCUACGGGACAGUAAAACCCCACGUCUUUGUCAGUUACUGCGGGAUGAGAUCUUCACCAGAUGGGGUGUGCCAAAAUACCUUGUCUCAGAUCGGGGCCCCCAGUUCACCAGCCAGCUCCUCACUGAUGUAUGCAAGAAAUGGGGAGUAAUACAGAAGAUAACCACCAGCUACCAUCCUCAGGCCAACUUCACAGAGCGGGUUAACCGCACUCUAAAAACUAUGAUGGCCUCCUUUGUGGGUAAUCGCCAUGAAGACUGGGAUAAGUGGUUGUCAGAGUUCCGGUUUGCGAUCAACAGCACCCAGCAUGAAACAACAGGGCGAACUCCGGCUGAAUUGGCCCUGGGAAGGCAACUGAAAGUGUCGACUCCUGGGGAACUGAGGAUUGUGCUGGUUGGAAAGACUGGAGUGGGAAAGAGUGCCACAGGAAACACGAUCCUGAGAAAAGAAGUAUUUGUGUCUGAUGUGUCUUGUUCCUCUGUGACCUCAGAGUGUGAUAAAGUCAAAGAGUAUGUUAAUAAUAGAAGAGUUGCCGUCAUCGACACUAAAUUAUCAAAUGAAGAAGUUCAAGAAAAGAUCAAGCUGUGUGUAUCCCUGUCUGCACCAGGACCUCAUGUGUUCUUGGUGGUUCUCCAGCUGGGCAGAUUCACCACAGAAGAGAAAGAAACAGUGGAGAUCAUUAAACAGAUUUUUGGUGAAGAUUCUGCUAAGUACACCAUGGUCCUUUUCACGCAUGGAGAGAGGCUGAAGAAAAGCAGAAAAAGCAUACAUGAGUUUAUUCGUGAGAAUUCUGAUCUGUUAACAGUCAUCCAAUCCUGCAGUGGACAAUAUCAUGUCUUCAGCAACGAGGACGAAGAUCCAACUCAGGUUACAGCUCUGCUCGAGCAGAUAGAUAAACUGAUUACUAUAAAUGGUGGACAGCACUACACAAAUGAAAUGCUGCAGAUGGCUGAGAGAGCCAUCCGAGAAGAACAGUUAAGAAUUCAAAGACACAAUGAAGAGCAGGAUCCCCAGAAGGCAAGAGACAUGGCAGAAAGAAACAACAGUUACCUAAAAGCUGCUACUGGCAUUGGUUUAGCUGGUGUAGCAGGUGCAGUCACUGUUGCAGCAAUCAGAGGACACUGCAUAAUACAGUAA